GUUAUUUGAAGUCACUACCUGGCAUCAGUAAAAAUAAAAAAAAACGUCAUUACCCAGAAACCAUCACGCUGACGUAUGCGACGCAGACGAUUUCAAGAUGGUGCUCGAAAGUACUAUGGUCUGUGUGGACAACAGCGAGUACAUGCGGAAUGGAGACUUUCUGCCCACCAGGCUGCAGGCUCAGCAGGACGCGGUUAAUAUCGUUUGUCACUCCAAGACCCGCAGUAACCCGGAAAAUAACGUGGGCCUCAUCACCAUGGCAAACAACUGCGAGGUGCUGACCACCCUGACUCCAGACACGGGCCGGAUACUGUCCAAGCUGCACGCCGUGCAGCCUCGUGGAAACAUUAGCUUCUGCACUGGCAUCAGGGUGGCACAUCUGGCGCUGAAGCACAGGCAGGGUAAAAAUCACAAGAUGCGCAUUAUUGCAUUUGUUGGCAGCCCGGUGGAGGACAACGAAAAAGAUCUGGUCAAAAUGGCAAAGCGUCUGAAGAAGGAGAAAGUCAACGUGGACAUCAUUAACUUUGGCGAGGAGGAGAUGAACACAGAGAAGCUGACGGCGUUCAUCAACACGCUCAACGGCAAAGAGGGAGCAGGCUCCCACCUGGUCACCGUACCGCCAGGGCCCAGCCUGGCGGACGCCCUGCUUUCCUCCCCCAUCCUGGCAGGCGAGGGAGGCGCCGUGUUGGGUCUCGGUGCCAGUGACUUUGAGUUUGGAGUGGAUCCCAGCGCAGACCCGGAGCUGGCCCUGGCUCUCCGUGUUUCCAUGGAGGAACAGAGACAAAGACAGGAGGAUGAAGCUCGCAGAGCCGCCGUCGCAUCGGCGGCCGAAGCGAACAUUUCCUCCCCUGUAGCCGACGAGUCCGAGGAUGCCCUGUUGAAGAUGUCGGUGUCGCACGCAGACUCGGCUGCCCCUGCGCUGCCAGACUUCAGCCGCAUGACCGAGGAAGAACAGAUCGCCUACGCUCUGCAGAUGUCCAUGCAGGGAGCAGGAGCAGAGUUUGUCGCUGAAGAGAUGGACACGGGUGCAGACAUGGACUCCAGCGAGGCAAAGGACGAAGAGGACUACGAUGUGAUGCAGGAUCCGGAGUUCCUGCAGAGCGUUUUAGAGAACCUCCCAGGGGUCGACCCCAACAACGAGGCCAUCCGGAACGCCAUGGGCUCCCUGGCUUCCCAGACCGGCUCUAAGUCUGACCCCAAGAAGGAUGAGGAGAAGAAGAAAUGAGAGAGAAGAGAGAAGAGAUUGUGAUACUGUGUGACAAAAGGCAUCAGAGUUUCUCUGCAUGUUUUCCACAAUUACAUUUAAACUGAAACAUGUUUUUGUUUUUUUCUGUGUGUAAAAUAUAUAAACAGCCUUUUUGCUUCUGUUUUUUAGGGCUCAUUAUCAUCCCAUUAAUUUCUGUUUAUUUUGCAUUUUGUAAAAUACCUCCUCUCUAACAUGAAUCGGUUUCUUCAAUAAAGUUACAGAACAGAACAUG